CUAGCCCUUGCUGACUCUGAUCCUUUCGGCGAUCUUGGCGAAGACGGCCUCCUGCUGGUCUGGGUUGUCGUGCAGGAAGCCGUGGCCCUUGGUCUUCUUGGAAUGAACCUGCCGCAGACCACACCACACAUGGAGUAUCCAUAGCCACACUGCACGUGGCUCUUACGAGUUGGCCGUCGACUGUGAUCUCGAAGUUGCCCGUUGCCCCCAGGUCCUGCAUGACGCACACACACAGGACAAGAGGCUUGACAUGAUCACAUGUGUAUUGCGUGUCGUCCUCCUGACUGACCAUGUUUCCCUCUAUGGCCAAAUCCGCAUCUGGAAACCUGCCCAAGAGAAGGGCUUUCGCCGCCUGCGGAAACAAGCACACACACACACACAGGAAAGCAGCAGCAACACGUCGCCCAU